GUUGCUCAGGGGGAGGCGCCUCUCCUCUCUCUCCGUAUCUCAGGCAGCUUCUUUUUCAGCACCGAAUAUUUCUUGCUCUCUCGCACGCUCACGCGGAGUGCUCACGAAGGUUUGCUCCGACCAAAAGAACCCCACAGGUCACGGAGUUUUCUUUCUCUGUUGAUUUCGCAGAAGUAUGAGAUGCAUUUGGGCUGGGUCUAGUUGACACAAAUUACAUUUGUUGUCGACUAUUGAGCCGAAUUGCUGUCUGUGGCGAACGACGAGGAGUUGAGAGUCAGCUAUCUGGUUUAGGAAGCGGCGCUCUGGCAUCGCCACAUCAACGCUUCACUCGGAGUGCUGUGGGCAGGCAGACGAUCGCAGAGUUCUUCAAGGUGCAUAAUGGUCUGCAGGAUCACGAUGACAGUACAUCAGUGAAAGAAGACCUGCAAGCACAUCCAGAUUCCUCUUGAGCAACUCUCGACUUGCCUGACCCAUUUUAUUGCAUUUUGUCCACCAUGGGCUCCCGUAGUCAAGGAUUCCUCCACCAUCACCACCACCAUCACCACCCGCACCACAGGACCUCCAUGGUGCCGGCCACCAUUCCCCGUCUCAUGCCUGAGUCCAGCAGCCUCCUGGGGGGCAUCGCCCAGAUCACGCCCUCCCUGUUCCUCAGCAGGGGCAACGUGGCGUCCAACCGCAGCCUGCUGCUCUCUAAGGGCAUCACGUGCGUGGUCAACGCCACCAUCGAGCUGCCCAACUUCAACUGGCCGCACGUGGAGUACGUGAAGGUUCCGCUGGCCGACGCACCGCACUCGCCCAUCGCGCUCUACUUCGACAGCAUCGCCGACAAGAUCCACAGCGUGGGCCGCAAGCGCGGCGCCGUGCUCGUCCACUGCGCGGCCGGCGUCAGCCGCUCGGCGUCGCUCUGCCUGGCCUACCUCAUGAAGUACCACCGCGUGUCGCUGGCCGAGGCGCACGCCUGGGUCAAGGCCCGCCGACCGGUCAUCCGGCCCAACGGCGGCUUCUGGCGCCAGCUCAUCGAGUACGAGCGCAAGCUGUUCGGGCGCAGCUCCGUCAAGAUGGUGCAGACGCCCUACGGCGUGGUGCCCGACGUCUACGAGAGGGACCGCAGGAACCUGGUGCCCUACUGGAGCAUGUAGAGGGCUGGGGGGGGCAAGAACGGGAGUCGUGGUGGACCAAGGGGAGAGGGUAGUUCCCACGCUGAGCUGAAGAGAAAGACAGUGAAACAAGAGAGGAUGGAUGGAUGGAUGGAUGGAUGGAUAGAUGGAUGGAUGGAUGGAGUGAUGGAGGAUUAUUUGGCUGAUGGCUGUUCUUCGUGUUGACUGUCUUCCUGGAGGGAAACCCAUUCUCCUGCUAGACUCAAGAACUUCUGGCGUUGUGUCCAGCCCCCGACCCCCCUGGAGAGAGGUGUGUGUGGUGGUGUGUGCGGGCCACUCACUCGUUCGUCUGAAGCUUAACACCUAACAUGUCUGAGAAAAAAAAAGCACUUUUUGAGGUUUUUUAGGGAGCAGGAAGGGCCACUGCCUCUGUGCUGCUAAUGCUAAAGCUAACCAACAGGCUAACCCAGACAGUGAGAGAGAGAGAGAGAGAGAGAGAGAGAGAGAGAGGGAAGGGUGUGGUGAUGCAGGUCAAGAGUGACCACUGGAGUUCUAUGAUGACCUUGAGAAUGUCCUGAGGCUUCUGUGUGUGUUAAUACAAGGGACCCAGGAAGUGGUGUGGGGUUGAUUUGGGGCUUCUUCAUAGCUGAAGAACAUGUUCACACACACACACACACGUACAUACAUACACACAUAUGUACAUACAUACAUAAACACGCACGCACGCACGCACGCACGCACACACACACACACACACACGCACACACGCACACACACUCAACCUGGUGUCAUAUGUGAGAGCAUUUUGACACACAUGCACACACACAUUGGUCUCCCUUCAAAUUUGAUGUUGGUGUUGGUGAUGGUAUCGUGCCAGUUUUGCUGUCGUCUUUUACUGUGAGUGGCAGCAGUCUGCUCCAGUACAUUGUAGCACUUAUUCAAUUCUAUAAAUUACUGUACAGAAAGAGAAAGAAAGGGGACUUUAGAGUGCACAGGUCAUACAAGGAAGAAACAGUGUAAUGACAUAACAUGAUGCACUACAACUUAAGUGGUAAGGUCUAUAAAUAAAUCUUUCUUUAUUUCCAUAUCAGUCUCUGUACAUAUAAAGGAAAGGAAGAUUAUUCUAAAGGGAUAAUAUGCAAGAAUAGUAUUUAUGGUGCUUUUAAAGGAUGGUUUCCUUCUUAACGGGAAUCUCCCCAACUUUCUAUAUGUUAACUGUUACCGAAAGCUUUUCACAAAAGAGUUAGGCAGGGUUAUGAAGGUCCGGUCCAAAAUGACCGUCACUUAACCUCUUUUUGUCUACUUAUAUUUACAUACAUUUGUCUUAGAUUAGCAGUUUCUUUUCAGAUCUUCUUGGUUAUCAACAUUGUAAUUUUAUAAACAGGAGGCUGCUCUUGGUAUAUUGCAAAAAAGGAAAAGCUUUUUAAAAACAUCCAUGUUAAGUCCUUAAUCACUGAUAUCUUAAAAUGACUAAUGGUAAACUGCUUCUGUUUGAAAAUGAAAGAACAGAAAAAUAAGUUAAAAGUUUUAUCUGUUCAUGUUUCAUAACAUACUUUCACGGCAUGUACUCCCUGAACAGCUUUCAAAUUAAAGAAACAACCUGUUAGAUGAA